GUUUGAUCCGAACUAAUCCCAGACCGGCACUUAGCCAGCCUACCCAACCAGUGGAAGAGGGAAAAAUCAUGUCUUUCUUUUUCCCAGUAAAUGACCCAACACACUUUCACCUAAAAAAAAUGACUUCAUGAAAAAUUAUGGUAAUCUCUUCUAAAUUAUUGAGCAAGGCAAAGUUAUGGAAAAGCAACUCUUUCUCUCUCUCUUUGUACUGCUCCCCAACCAACAAAAAGAAAGCCUCCAUUGCAAACUGGAAUUUGAUUUGAAAGAGCGAAAGCAACAUAAGAGUUGAAGUGACCCAUCUGUACCCAUGGAGUUGACGGUGAAGAUGCCGAGGCCGGGGCCGAGACCUUAUGAGUGCGUGAGGAGAGCUUGGCACAGCGAUAGACACCAACCCAUGAGAGGUUCCAUCAUUCAACAAAUUUUCAGGGUCGCUAAAGAGAGUCACAGUGCCGCAACUAAAAAGAACAGGGAGUGGCAAGAGAAGCUUCCUACCGUGGUCUUGAAAGCUGAGGAAAUCAUGUACUCCAAAGCCAACUCUGAGGCUGAGUAUAUGAACCUAGAAACGUUAUGGGAUCGUGUGAAUGAUGCGAUUAACACAAUUAUUCGAAGAGAUGAGAGCACUGAAACCGGAGAGCUUUUGCCUCCUUGUAUUGAAGCUGCCCUCAACCUCGGCUGCAUUCCAGUUAGAGCUUCGAGAAGCCAACGACACAACAAUCCCAGGAGUUACCUCAGCCCAAAAGUGCAAGAACCUGUAUCUGCAUCGCUUACAAUUUUGGAAAAAACUAAUGAUAAACAAUGCCCUCAGUCAGCAUCACUUCAGUCCAGCUGUCAGUUGAACUUUGCAAGAGCCACCAAGGCUGUAAAUUCAACAUUUCCAGUAUCAGAAUGUAACCGUGAUUUGAGUAAGGCUAGUAAGCUUGCUGCACCUCAACUUUAUGAGAAUAUUUCUGCUGGCUGUAGUCAAUUGAUGUCAACGGACACUGACAAGCAAUUGAACUUGGGUUCAGUUUAUCCUUUGUAUUAUGGAAAUAACUAUCACAACAAAGAUCCCCAUUUGGCUUCCCAAGUCGCAGAGAAGAAUCCCAACAUUAUAUAUGUUGGUAAUCCCAUUAGCACAUCAAUGGGUGCUUUGCAGAACCUAUUCUUGUGUCCUAGUGCUGAAAUUGCUGCCAAGAGGAUCUCACAAGCAAAUUUGGAGAAUACUCAAGGGAAGUCACCUGGGGUGCAAUGUGAUUUGUCUUUAAGGUUGGGUCUAUACACUGACCCCUGUAUCAGCAUGGAAAGAGGUUCAGCUCAAGAAACUGAGGUUGUUGUUUCAAGCAGUUCUCAAGAUAGGGGCAAGCUUAGUGAUUUUUCUCUGCAAAAGAACAAGGAUUUGUGCCUUUCUCGAAUUACAAAUACUAAUGAUCCUUUUAUGUCCUGUCCAAUUAAGUGUUUUUCAGUGGGUGAAGAUCAGAGUUUGGACACAACUAUGAGAAAGCGUAAGGCACUCUUCAAUGACAAUAUGGAGGGUGGACAAUUUUGCUGGCAACCUGAAUUUCCUUCUAACCAGUUCUUUGGUCGGAUAGAAAGGCCAGGUUUGUAGACAAUGUUUUCCUGUUGUAGUGUAUAUGCAUCAAAUUUUGAGAUGCCUCAAUUAUACUGGUCAAUCCAUUUUGCAAGCUCGUUUUCGCAUGUAGUUCUGAUCACAAAGAUUUACACGCUAAUGGUGGGAUUGCAAGUGGGGAUUUAGCAAAAAGGUGAAUUGUAAAUGAAAUCUUAGUUUCAUUCAUAUGUUAAUAGUUGGCAACAGAACAUUCAAAAUCAAGAUAUUAAAACACUCUAACAUCCAACUGAAUUUGACUGAA